UUUUCUAUAUAAAGCUAUAUAAAUUGGCCUGGUUUGUUAUUCUAAUCAACUAAAUACUAAGACUUAAUACAGUUUAAUAAUGCCGUUAACAUCACGUUCACCUUACGACAGUAAAACACUACUUGCUAAGUAUUAUGAUUUGCCUCAACCUGAUGACAAAAUUCAAGUUAUGUACGUAUGGAUAGACGGAAGUGGAGAAAAUUUACGCUGCAAAACAAUGACUUUACAAGAAGAACCAAAAGUUCCAGAAGACUGUCCAAUAUGGAAUUUUGAUGGAAGUAGUACGGGUCAAGCUGAAGGUUCUAAUUCUGAUGUUUAUUUAAAACCGUGUGCAAUGUUCCGUGAUCCAUUUCGUGGUGGCAAAAAUAAAUUAGUCUUAUGUGAAACUUAUAAUUACGAUAAGAAACCACAUGUUUCAAAUCAUCGUUAUCUUUGUAAUCUUGUCAUGGAGAAAGCAAAAUCUCACCAACCAUGGUUCGGUAUCGAACAAGAAUAUGCUCUAUUAGACAUUGAUGGUUAUCCAUUACAAUGGCCUAAAAAUGGUUUUCCUCCACCUCAAGGACCUUAUUAUUGUUCUGUUGGAGCUGGUAAAGCACUUGGUCGUGAUAUACCAGAAGCUUUAUACAGAGCAUGCAUGUAUGCAGGAGUUAAAAUUUGUGGUAGCAAUGCAGAAGUUAUGCCAUCACAAUGGGAAUUUCAAGUUGGACCAUGUGAAGGUGUCUCAGCCGGUGAUCAUUUAUGGAUGGCUAGAUUUAUAUUACAUCGUGUAGCUGAAGACUUCGGAGUGAUUGUGUCACUAGACCCGAAACCAAUGCCUGGUAACUGGAAUGGUUCAGGAGCGCAUACAAACUAUUCAACUCAGGCUAUGAGGGAUCCAAAAUCAGGUUUACAAGCAAUAGAAGAUGCUAUUGAAAAACUAUCACAUAAACACAUGGAACACAUUCAAUGCUAUGAUCCUAAACAUGGUUUAGACAAUCAAAGACGUUUGACUGGUAGUCAUGAAACAAGCAGUAUUAAUGAUUUUUCAUCUGGUGUUGCAAAUAGAGGCAGUAGUAUACGUAUUCCAAGACAAGUUGCUGAAAAUGGUUGUGGUUAUUUGGAAGAUAGACGUCCAUCAUCCAAUUGUGAUCCAUACAUGGUCACCAGAAUGUUAGUAGAAACAACAUGUCUUUGAUUAUUAUUACCAUUAUUUAUAAAAUAAUGAAGAACUAAUACACAACAAAGAAAUCAAUUUUUUUAAAACAUAAUGUUACUAAAUAAUAUCGAAUGUUCCCAUAUAAUCACUUCAUUUUGUUAGUGGUUACAGUAAAUUUAAAAACUGUAUUUACAUAAUUUUGAUAACCAUUGUCAUCAUUAAUUUUUCUCCAUUGUUUACGAAGUUAUCAUCGUCAUCAAAAGCAGAUGCAAGAGCAGUAGUGUCGUUAUUAUUGACUUUUCAAUGAUCGAACAAUUUUUAUUUUCUAGUAUUUUCUAUCAUACAAAUUUAUAGUUUACUUAGUGAACUAAUCAUUGUCCCAGUUACUGUUUAAUUAUUGAACCAUUCACAAUAAAGGGAUUAAGAAAUGUUGAAUAUUGAUUUGAGUUUUUUAAACAAAUAAACACAUACACCAUCUUUUCUGUUUGUCCUUUUAUAUCACUGGUCAUUUAAAUUUAUCGUUUGUGAUUUAUAUAAGAAAAAUCGUUUUAUUUUUUAUUUUAAAAAGUUAUGAAUAAAAAACAUUAAGAAACGAACCAUGAAAUCUAAUCGUUUCUUGAUCUCAA